CCAGUUCAGAAGUUCUGCAAUAUGUGUGUGUGUGUCCUUGUAAGGGCCUCGACUAGACGCGAAUCAACAAGCAUAACAGAGAGCAGCAUCGGACAUGAGGCAUUUACUGGGACUUCCACAGCUGGCUUCACGAGCCUUCAGCACAACAGUCCGACAAAUGAAGAACAGGGUGCCGGAGAAACAGAAAAUUUUCCUGGAGGAUAAUGGUCUGCCUGUCCACAUUAAAGGAGGCACAACAGAUGCAAUUCUGUACCGUCUGACCAUGACCCUCACAGUAGUAGGCACUGGCUACUCCCUUUACUGGUUGCUGAUCGCUGCUAUGCCCAAACGUAAAGCAUAAUUCCUCUCAUGCUCCAUGAUUCUGUAUAAAUCCAUUUUAUUUCAAAAACCUUUAACAAUAAAACAUGUGUAAUUAAGUUCUACAAUUUGGUCUUUUUCAUAUAAUUGUUUUUACAGGAUAUCACUACCACUCAAACAACUGGGGUGUCUAAUGUUUGAAAUAAAUAUUUGUGUACUUAUAUAGUUACUUGUGCACACAAGUUUUGCACUUUAUUUCCCAAAUUUUAUCAUUUGCUAUAACAUAUGCUGAUUUGCUGUUCAACAAACAUUAUUUAAAUGUGUAUUUGUUUACCUAAAAAUUACUUGUGCCUGAACUUACUUUACUAAAUAAUAAAUUCAGUUUUAUUUUCCCCCUUA